UGUGCCUGCACCACAAACUCUUGGAGGCAACAUGACGGCUCCGGUUUCCUUCUUCAUCUUUGCUGUCCUGUUCGCAACAGCUAGAAGAGGGUCUUCUAUACAGUGUCAGACAUGCUUCUAUUUAAAUGGCACCUGUGUCGAACCCGUCGAGCCCUGUGAGCCUGUGUUUGAUGCCUGUAUCUCCGUAGUGAUUGAAGCAAAAUCAUCUGUCUGGAAGGUGAGAAGUACCAAUAACCAAUGCACAACUCGUAAGAAGUGCACUCCUGGUCCAAUAUUUAGGGAUCUUGAAAAUGGAUAUCAGGAGGUGGGGAACAGCAUCUGCUGUACAACUGAUGGCUGUAACGUAGCAACGCCUGCAAUACCAAAGAGGGAUGAAGUCUUAAACGGGCUACGGUGCCCUUUCUGUAAUGCUGAGGGAUUUGACACAUGCAAAGAGGAGGUCAUCAGUUGCAAAGGAUCAGCAACUCAUUGUUUCACCAGGAGAGCAGGAGAUAAAACAGUCACCACAAUAAACGAUGUUACUACCACCACGUAUGAGAUCACCCAAAAAGGCUGUGCCACGGAAUCAUUCUGUGCCAACGCAGCAGAUGCAGGACUAAUCUUUUCCGGGAACAUAACUCUAUGGGGUGCUCCUGAAGUCAUAUGCAGAGCAGCGUACUCUGGAGGAACAAAUAUAGGCUCUGAUUCAACCAUGCUCUACCUCCACAUCUUGGCUGGACUUCUAAUGACAAAAUCUUUCCAUCACUGUUUUUUCUAGUACAAACUAUGACACAUUCCUGUUGACUCUUAAUCCCGCCGUGUACAUCUCACCUUCUAUAGCUUCUCAUUUCCUAUCUAGUUUGCUUUGUGUUAUUUGAGGUCUUCUCUUCCUUUCUCUGGAGGCUUGCCAAAGUCUGAGCCUGUGUACUUUCUAGAAGCAACGAGAGAGUAUUUUUACAAUCACUUAACAUGCUUUUGAUAUUUCCUGUAUACAUAGUGGCCUUGACCUGGAUAGCCCAGGUAAGCCUGAUCUAAUCAGAUCUCAGAGGCUAAGCAGGGUCAGCCUUGGUUAGUAAUUGGAUAGGAGACCUCCAAAGACCAGGGUUGCAGAGGCAGGCAAUGGCAAACCACCUCAGUUAGUGUCUUUCCUUGAAAAUCCCAGCAGGGGUCACCAUAAGUUAGCUAUGACUUAUACAUCCCUUCUACCACCUUAUACAUAGCGAAAAGGUUAAUGCCGUGUUGGCAUGACCAUACAUUUGAUUGACAAAUGGCUCACUUCUCAUUUUUGCCUCUAACCACACAGCCCAGGUAGUGCAGGAAGAAUUCAGUGGUGCUUUUUGUCUCAUGUCUAAAGCAAGGUUACAUGUUAAAACAUUUGGCACUUUUCACAGAAAGCUUUAUAUAUAUAAAUCAGAGAAUAUGUGCAUUGUCUUCCUUGGAACGUUGGGGUUUUACAUUGCUGUGUGUGCUCCCUAUUUCCCUUAAUUAUCAGAAAUUUCAAGGUCAAAGCUUUAUGUAAAAGCACUUCCCCAUAUAUAAUUUUAUUAGUUAACAUUCCUGUAGGAGCUCUUAUCCGACCGUCCCCCAACUGACCUCUCAAGCUUUCUGUUAACUGUUCCUUUAGCAGCCCACUGGUUUAAAAAGUGUAGCUGGAUUUGCUUAAUAUCAUUUGUUUUGCCAAUAGAAAUAGGCAACCUUCAUACAGCCCCAACGCAGUGUUAAUUUCAGCCACAAAGCCUUUAUGUAACCUUGUUAUUCAAGUUGUAGGCAUCAACUGGACUAUACCUCUGGCAUUAUCAUGGAAGAGUGGCACAUAAGUAAGGCUAAGAACAGUUUUUACUGAAACUGAAGUGUUGAUGUUUUUAACUUAAUAUUAUUGUUGUUUUUUUAAUGUUUUUAUUAUUUUUUAUUAUUGUUGUUUUUUAUCUUUUAUUGUAACUUUUAAAUGUUGUUAUCCACUCUGAACCCACUUGCAGGGA